CUUUACAGCAAUCUCUGCAGAAUCAUGGCUGAAUCUCUUAAUGCUGUUGUCGUCUCAAUUGAAUACAGGCUGGUACCAGAGGUGUGCUUCCCUGAGCAAUUCUAUGAUGCUCUCCGUGCUACUAAGCAUUUUUUGCAGCCUGAUGUCUUAGCUGAGUAUUCAGUUGACCCAAGUCGAAUUGCAAUUUCUGGUGAUAGUGCAGGAGGAAAUUUGGCAGCUGCCGUGUGUCAGCAGCUUAGCAGAGACGAGCAUUUGACCAUCAGACUGAAACUGCAGGCCUUAAUUUAUCCAGUCCUUCAGGCAUUUGACUUCAAUACACCUUCUUAUCAGCAGAACAUGAAUAUGCCCGUUCUUCCUCGUUAUGUCAUGAUCAACUAUUGGAUAGAUUAUUUCAAUGGUAAUUAUGACUUGGCUCAGUCACUGCUGAUUAACAACCACACUGCACUUGAUGUUGGCCAAGCUCUGACUUUCAGAGGACAUCUGAACUGGACAUCCCUACUGCCUUCAUCAUUCAAAAAGAACUAUAAACCUGUAAUACAAACCACAGGCAACGCUGAAAUCAUCCAGGAGAUCCCAGCGCUGCUUGAUGUACGAGCAGCCCCACUGCUUGCAGAAAAUGAAAUUCUGCAGCUGCAGCCAAAGACUUACAUCCUGACCUGUGAGAACGACGUCCUGCGAGAUGAUGGGGUGAUGUACGCCAAGCGCUUGGAGAACGCCAGCGUGGAAGUCACACUUGAUCACUUCGAUGACUGCUUUCAUGGCUGUAUGAUAUUCACCAUUUGGCCUACUGAUUUCUCUGCAGGCGUUCAGACCAGAAACAGCUAUAUCAAAUGGCUGGAUGAAAACCUCUGA